GCGGCCGAGGGCAGUGUUAGCGACACAGCAGCGACGCGAUGGGACGUGGUGAAAGUGCGAAUGGCCGUCGGCAACAGCGCGAUGUCGCUGGAGAGGGUGAAGGAAAGGCGUCGAAGUGUGUGUGUGAUGAUGUAUUGGCGUGAGGGUGAGAUCGGCGUGAGACGUCAAGUGCCUGACGCAGCUUGGCUUGGGAUCGCGCGGCUGCUUUGCCACCUCCGCCUGCACACGACCCUCUGGGAUGCCCGUCCUGGAUUCUGCCGAUCUAUCCGUUACAGCUUGGCUACGAAACACGACACUUUCCAAAAUCAACCUGUUCCCAAGUCUCCGCCGCGUCUCCUUAGUAUCAGGGACUGCGCUGCUGCUAGCAGUAGCCGUCUCGAGCCGGCACCCUCAACCAUCGACACCCUCGCGCGACAGUCCAGACCGCGACACCAACAGGCACUUGCAUGGCCACGACAGCACGCGUAUGCACAUUACUUCUAGAGCCCGCUGCAGCUACAGCUCGUCUUUUACGACAACACAGCAGCAUACUCCACACCGAGCCCACGGUAUUUCAAAUUCGACUUGCUCGUCACAAGCAAAUAUAUCGCUAGUCCAGACAUGCUACAAGAGGCAUGGCCCAAAUUUAGCCCUUAACCGCGAUUGCUUUUGUUCCAGGGCGGGGAAACCUGGCUUCGCUCCCUGAGGCAUUGCCCACUCGUUACCGCAUGUCGUACAGUCCUGAAACACCAACAUCGCAGAGCCGCCCUCAGAGGCGCUUCAUCAGGUACUGUCUGUGCCUAACAAGAGUAAGUCCUUAG